AUGCACAAGCAGGAACAAGGUUACGUGUGGCGGAGCUCUGAAAACCAGUCCCAAGGAGUAGGUCACGUGGUCGAUCUGGUUAAGAAUGAAAAUGUCGACGUCAUCUUUGGAUCGCCGUCCUCAAGAAUUACUGUUCCUGCCGCCCACUUGACUUCUUACUGGAACUUUCCUAUGAUCACGUGGAUUGCCAACAGCUUCGAACUCUCCGAUAAAAACCUGUUUAGUACCCUGGUAAGAACUGUCGGGCCGCUGAGUGAAUCCGCCAGACUGAUCGUCACUAUGUUUAACACAUUCAACUGGACAAAAAUUGGAAAUCUCUAUCUUGAUUUUGGUUUGUGCCUGUACACAGCUGAAGGGAUCAAGGAGGAGUUCUCCGCCCACAACCUGACAAUCAUGCAGAGCAUCGCUUACCACCCGGCCACUGUUCUAACUAGGACCGUAAUGGUGAACUAUCUGAGCAUCAUCAAACAAACGAGCAGAAUUAUCUAUAUUUGCGAUGAAAAUAACCUUCGUCGGUAUAUGAUAUUAGCCUGUGAGCUGGGUAUGUGUAAUGGAGAAUACGUGUUUAUUACAACAUACUUAAGCGCGCCAACAGAGGACAUUUGGAAGAUGAAUGAUGCGUUUGAUGAGCAGGCGAGGAGAGCGUUCCAGCAUAUCAUUUACAUCAACUCAGCCAAGUGGACGACAGAUGAGGGACGCGAGGCGAUUGAAAACUUUCAGAAAGAGGUGAACGAGAAGGCUGCUCUCCCGCCAUGGAACAACGACUAUCCUCUGAGGAACAAUAUUACAUCAACUUCUGCGGAGGACAUGUACAAUGCCGCCUAUCUUUAUGGCCUGUGGGUCAACUACAGUGCAUCGAACGUUCUGGAUGUGAGGGAUGGGGCAGCUAUGUUGGCUUUCAGCAAAAAUCUGUCCUUUGAUGGAAUCGGAGGACCAUGCGAUAUAGGGAUGAACGGAGACCGUGUUCCUUUCUUCUGGAUGAAUCAGUUUCGCGGAGAGGACACGCAGCCGGAAGUUGUUGCCAUAUCAACCGACAAGAACAGGAAUAUUUCAAUUACCCAUGGGUUUGAAUGGUACACAGCAGAUGGCAAUCAUCCUUUAGAUGAACCAGUGUGCGGAUUCUUUGGCGAAUUGUGCCCCAUACCUGAAAAUGGUAUUUAA